AUGUCGUUCGAGACCACCGGCACCAUCAACAGCUUUGGCGGCAAGCUGCUGAAGCUUGCACACAAGGUACGCUUCCACAGAGGCAUGUCGGACAGCAACAGAAUUUGCGCUGAUAAGAGUCGCGAUAGUCCAAAGUAUGCAACUGCGACAUGAAGCUGAAUCUCUACCUGCCUCCGCAAGCAAGCUCGAAGCCCGUUCCUGUCCUCUUCUACCUCGCAGGCCUCACUUGCACAGGCGACAAUGGAGCCGAGAAGGGAUUCUUUCAGCACAAGGCGUCAGAGAAGGGCAUUGCCGUCGUCUACCCAGACACAAGUCCACGAGGCCUCGACAUCCCCGGCGAAGAUGACAGCUACGACUUUGGCAGUGCGGCCGGGUUCUACAUCGACGCAACCAAGGACCCAUGGACGAAGGGCUACAACAUGUACAGCUACAUCACACAAGAACUUCCCGAGGCUCUCUUUGCCCACUUCAAAGAGCUGGACGGCAAGAGAGUGUCCAUCACCGGACACAGCAUGGGAGGCCACGGUGCCUUGACGCUCUACCUCAAGAACCCGGGGAAAUACCGAUCCGUUUCUGCUUUUGCACCCAUCUCGAAUCCUUCCAAGUGUCCGUGGGGCGAGAAGGCAUUCGGUGGGUACAUUGGCGACGACAAAUCGAAGUGGGCAGAGUAUGAUGCCACGGAACUUCUUCCCAAGUUUCCAAACGACACCGACAUCCUCAUUGAUGUCGGAACGGGGGACAACUUCUACAAGCAAGGCCAGUUGCUGCCGGAGAACUUGGAAGCGGCUGCGAAGAAGGCGGGCAAGAAGGUCAAUGUGCGUUAUCAGGACGGCUACGAUCACAGCUACUUCUUCAUCAGCACCUUCUCGGACGACCAUGUGGAGCACGCGGCCAAGUAUCUGCUCGCAUAG